AUGUCAUCCUUUUCUCAUGAUGAUAAUUUGAUCAAAAUAUUAAACGAUAUAUCGAUUCAAAUCAAUCGUUAUUUUUCGAUAUUAAUUUUUGUUUUCGGUAUUCCUGGUAAUAUUCUCAAUAUUUUCGUCUUUUUACAUCGAAGCCUUCGACCGAACCCAUGUGCUUCGCUUUUUCUUGCUUCAUCAAUAGCAAAUAUUAUUGGGACUGUCAGUGGUCUAACCACUCGAAUCUUGUCUGGAUGGGCGGCUGAUCUCACUAAUACAGUUGGAUGGCUUUGUAAAGUUCGUGUUUUCAUCCUUUGGAUCACCAGAGCAUUCUUUAUGUGGGUUAUUAUGUUGGCUACAGUUGAUCGAUGGCUUUUAUCGUCGUGUAAUGUGCAUUAUCGACAGAUAAGUACAUUGAAAAAUGCUCGUCGAGGCAUGUUCAUAAUUUUAUUCGUAUCAAUGCUCAUCAAUAUUGAUCUCUUAUACUGCUACGAAGCAAAUCUCCUUGAAACUCCUUUAAAAUGUUAUUCAAAAACAGAAACAUGUCGUCUUAUUACAGAUUUGACUUUUGCGUUGAUCAUCUACACAUUGCCAUUAUUUUUUAUGAUCGUAUUUGGUUUAUUGACUAUCAGAAAUGUUCAUCAAGCUCGACACCAUCGGAUACAUCCUAUAGCUGUUGCAUCAUUAACGAUUUCUGUUGAGCCAAUAACAAGAUAUAAUCAUUAUCAUUCAACGCGAAUGAAAAUGAUUGGUCGUCGUUUACGCCAAAUGCUAUUGAUUCAAGUAACUGUAUUGACUAUACUCACUCUACCUGUUGCUAUUCAAAGACUUUAUUCAACUUUAACAUUGCGUGAAGACAAGUCUCCACUAAAAAUAGCUGUUGAGAAUUUGAUUUUCAAUCUUGUUAUUCUUUUCAAUUAUGCAUCGAGCGGAACACCAUUUUAUAUUUUUACAUUAUGCGGCGGUAGUACAUUCCGAAAUGCUCUUUCGGAUCUGAUCAGAAGCAUCAUCCGUCAUUUAAGACAUCGGGAUAUGUAA